AUGUAUGAUGCCAGUAAGCGCUCUCUGACUGUGUCCACAGUGCUUUCUCCGGUCGAGCAGCCGGUGACCCCAGUGCUCGCAGCUCCGGGCAGUGAUGUCACUCUCAGCUGCUCCUUUCCGCAGAGACAGACUGACAGCCUCGACAGUGUGAUUGUCAACUGGCAGCGUGGAGAUACAGAGGUGGUUCACAGCUACUAUCGAAGGAAAGAUCAACUACAGAGGCAGAGUUCAGUCUACAGGGGGCGCACUCAGCUCUUCCCAGAAGAGCUGUCAGUGGGUAAUGCCUCGCUAAGACUUAGGGGGGUGCAGGGGAGCGACCAUGGCGAGUACAUCUGUGCAGUGGCCAAUGAGAUAAGCAAAAUCCAGGAGAAACUGCUCCUCCUUGUGGCCGCCCCCUACGAUGAACCUCAGCUUGCCAUCCAGACCUCCUGUGACAUCAUCAUCGUCACCCUCACUUCCUCCCAGGGCUUCCCCCAGCCCACUGUCAUGUGGAGAGACACGACAGGAAGUGACAUCAGCAAUGAGAGCCACACCCGUACAGAGCUGGACAGCAGAGGGCGCUAUACAGUGCGCAGUGAGAUGAAGCUGAAGCUGAAGGACACACAGACCCUCAGUGUUGAGAUGAGUCUGGAUGUGCUCAAGCAGAGCUUCUCUCACUCCCUCACCUUCCAGCCACUGCCAGACCAUGUCCCACAGCACUGCUCCCUAAAGGGUCAGGGGCGGAUCCAGGCCAUGUCCCACACCACUGCUCCCUAA